AUGUCAAAGAGAAAGUAUGAUGAUGAUAGUGAAGGAGGAGGUAAAGAUGGAGUCACUCUUUACACUGAUGGAGCAUGUAGAGGUAACCCAGGACGUGGAGGAUGGGCUUCUUAUAUACCGGAUCAAGAUGUAGAGUUGUCCGGCGCAAAGGAAUAUACGACAAACAAUCAGAUGGAGUUAAAGGCUGUAAUUGAAGGAUUGAAACAUUUGGAUAAGUCUGGACCGACCAAGGCUACUGUCUACACUGACUCGACCUAUGUCAAGAAUGGCAUCACUGAUUGGGUCGGCAAAUGGAAAGACAAUGGAUGGAAGACAGCAGAUCGCAAACCAGUCAAGAAUCAAGAACUCUGGCAAGAGCUAGACACUCUCAACUCCAAGCACACAGUCGACUAUCAAUGGGUUAAAGGACACAGUGGUGACAAGUACAAUGACAAGGUCGAUGCAAUGGCCAACAAGGCAAUCGAUAACAUGAAACCAAGUGGAGGUGGUGGUAGCGGUGGCGGAGGAGGCCGUGGAGGUGGUGGAGGAGCCUUCAGUCGUGGUAGCGGAGGUGGCGGUGGUGGAGGCCGCGGAGGAGGUCGUGGAGGUGGAGGAGGCGGCUACAAGAGUGGCGGCGGCGGUGGAGGCGGAGGAGGAGGCGGCUACAGGAGUGGCGGUCGUGGAGGUCGUGGAUGA